AUGGGCAAGAAACGUGUAUUGGUCGCCUAUGGAGUGGAUAUCGAUGCUGUUGCGGGGUGGCUGGGGUCCUACGGUGGUGAGGAUAGCUCGAACGAUAUCAGUCGAGGACUCUGGGCUGGUCAUGUGGGAACGCCACGUCUCUUGAAGCUCUUCGAUAAAUAUAACAUCAAAGCCACAUGGUUCAUCCCCGGCCACUCCCUGGAGACCUUCCCAGAAGAAUGCGCCCAAGUGAGAGAUGCAGGUCACGAGAUCGGGUUACACGGCUACAGCCAUGAAAAUCCCAGCGACAUGACUCCCGAGCAGCAAAAGGACGUUCUGGACAAGACGUACCGCAUGUUGACAGACUUCUGCGGCAGACCGCCUCGGGGCAUCGUGGCGCCCUGGUGGGAAACGAGUAAGGAGAUGGCGGAUCUCCUGCUUGCGUACGGAAUCGAAUACGACCACUCCAUGUCCCAUCAUGACUGCCAGAUGUACUGGCUUCGGACAGGGGACACUUGGACCAAGAUAGACUAUAGCCAGAAAGCGGAGACCUGGAUGAAGCCGCUGGUCCGCGGCCAGGAUACUGGACUUGUAGAGAUCCCCGGGAAUUGGUACAUUGAUGACUUGCCGCCAAUGAUGUUCAUCAAGAAUGCGCCUAAUAGUCAUGGAUGGGUGAAUCCAAGGGACAUCGAGGAUAUUUGGAAGGACCAUUUUGACUACUUCUACCGAGAGUAUGACAGCUUUGUCUUUCCGAUGACAAUUCAUCCCGAUGUUUCAGGCCGGCCCCAUGUCCUUCUCAUGCAUGAAAGGAUCAUCGAGCAUAUCAACAAACAUGAGGGUGUGGAAUGGGUAACAUUUGAGCAAAUGUGCGAUGAGUUUAAAAAGAACAACAAGCCUCCAGAGGGUGCCAAAAUGCCGGUUACUCCGGUUUUGGAGUAG